AUGAGUGACAAACUUAAAAUUCCUUUUAUCCUUGAACCUUCAAAUGUGACUAAUUAUUUUCAAGUAGUCGCAAAGUUAAAAGCGAUACAACAAAAAAACAAGAAGUAUUCAGUUUUGCCUGUAAAAACAUCCUUGGUCAAUCUUUUAAAACCAGUGAGGCGUGAAUAUGAUAUACAAACAGUUCUUGAUGUAUUUGUGUACGAAAAAAUACGUGAGAAAGUUAAAGAAUACGAAAAAGCGAAUGACAAAAAAUUUAUUCAAAACAUUAAAGCACAUUUAAAAGAAAUUAAAAGACAAAAUGAAAACAAUGAAAAGUGUACAAGGAAUAAUAUGGAUGUUACACAGUUUGAACAAAAUUUUUAUUCUUUACCAACAGAAGAAUUAUUUAAUAAUUCAAUGUUAUUUGAUCUUUAUACGUUUUUAAAUACAGUAAAACCUUCUAUCGAUUUUGAUCAAGAGGUCAUUUAUUUGGGAAUCGAAUAUAUUAAAUACAUUGAUAGAUUUCUUACGGAGAAUUCAUCCGAGAUUAUCGCGCCACUUAAAACGUUUGAAGAUAAAGUUUCUGUUUUCGUGAAGAUGAAGUUUAGUUACGAGGAUUAUAAUUUAGAAGUAUAUGAAGGAAGAUAUUUAUUUGCUGAAAUUUAUAUUUAUCUAAGAUGUGGUUUGUCAAAUUCAAUACUUAAUUUGUUAAAUCAGUAUUCAUCAUUUUUUAACAGCUUAGAUAAUGAUUUUAAAAGAAAUUUAACAUCUUGGUUAAACUCUAAAGCCUUUUUAGGAAUGCCUAUAAAUUUAAGUCAAAAUGAAGAUCGUUUUAAAAAAGUUUUGUACGAAAUAAUGCAAGGCAAAACAAAUAUAGUUGACAAUUAUAUUGUAACGAGUGUAGAAGAUUUUUUAUGGAUUCAGCUAAUAAAUGUAAAAAACGAUUCAGACGUUAAAAUAUUUCAAAAGAAAUUUGAAAAUUAUAAAAGCAAAAGAGGAUUACUUAUAGUUCUUAUAAUGACUAAACAAUAUGAAAAAGCAAUGGAUUUUUUGUAUUUUAGUGAUUUACCAAUUCUUCCAACAUAUUAUUUAAUGUAUGAACUAGCAAAGCGAUCUGAGGAUAAAAAACUAUUUGUAGAUCUAACGUUUAUUAUUUCUACAAAAAUGAAUAACGUUCAGAAGAAGCUAGAUUGUAUAACAAAUCUUGAUCAAGUUGUUGAUGAUUUCGAAGAGUGUGCAUCAUCAAAUAUUGUAAAGUAUAAGUUAUUUGAUAUUCUUGGAUUAUCUUUAUCUAAAAACAUUGACUAUUGUGUCGUUAAAAGAUUAAAAGAUAUUAAUGACAGAAAACAUCUUUUAAAGGUGUAUAAGUUAAUUGAUGAUUCUUCGCUGUUGACUGAAAUAUUGAUUGAUAUUUUUACAGAAGGUAUAAUUACUGGUCAAAAUAUUGAAGAACCAAAAAAGAUUUUUUUAGAAAUUAAAAAAACCGAUGAAUCGAUAAAUGUUAAAAAGCUUGACAUUCUAUUAAAAUUUAAUGAAUUUAUACAGAGUCCUGAUAUAGCUACGUUAAAAAAAACAACAUUUUUUUCGAUUGAUUUUAAACUAAUUGAUGUAAAGUUUGUGUUAGAAAAGGUCUUUAAGGUGGCAUGCGAAGUAAUUAAGAAAGCUAAUGAUUAUGAGAUGGCAAAAGAUUUAUUUAGAGUUGUGGGGGAAAUGGAAUUGAGUGUAGAAUGUACUAAGUUUAUAAAUAAGGAGCUAGUUGUUUUUUUAUAA